AUGGAUAAAUUGAACCCAUUCGGUGCGUUGCAACGCUCCAUCGAAGCGCUAAAGACGACGGAAUGUAGUGCGAAAGAGAAGGUGGCCCAUUUUGGAACCGUGGCCGAGAGUAUCAUUAGCGUUAGACCCGGUAAUCCUGCUGCCACCUCCACCAGCUACUUUGGCCAUCUCUGCAGCGCAAUCACUGUGUUGCUUAUGUUUUGCGAAGAGGCCGAUUCGAGUGUCCGUAUGGCGGCGGAAGAGAAUUUAUCGCGCAUUGUACGCCACAGUGAAACGAAUGGAAACAUCGUGCGAGUCCAGCGAGACUUGUAUCACGAAAUUAAGAAGAAUGGAAACGAGAAAUCACUGCGGGUUGUACUAUCAAUUUUCGGCCACUACUGCGGCACUAUUCGCCAGCGCAAAGCGCGGACCUAUGCGCAAAACUUGCUGCCCUGCAUCUAUUCCAUCUCCAAGCGACGGGAACCGGCACUGCAGGAAGGAUUGUGUGCAUUUACGGAAGUCUUCUGUUCCCACCUGGAAGGCUACCUUACCGAUGGCGAAGUGCUGAAAAUGACGGAGCUCUUCCUGGAAGAUCUGGUUUCCGAGUGUCCCAUCAAGCGACGGUGUGCCGCGCGGAACACACUAUCGUUUGUGAAGGGUUCGCGAAACCCCGAGUUCUACGCUAAUAAUGCGUUCAAUCGAUGCAUCGAACAGUUGCUAAAGUGCGGUCAACCACUGCACCUCCAACCAAAUACCAUCCUCGGAGUGAUGGGAUGCUUCCGGGGCAUCUUACCGAUCGUUUUGAGCAGCUGCCGAGUAGAGAAAGCGAUCGAAACGUUCGAUUUGUGCUUACAUUUCCUCCGCGAAGGGAACCACACCAUCAUUAACGCGACGCUGGAAGUGCUCCUCAUCAUUCUGGCCAAUGUGCAACCGGCCGUGCGCAGAGUGUUGCGGUCGGAACAAUUCGAUCAUCGGAAGAUGCUGCUGAAACGUAAAACGUUGAAAAAUUCCAUCUUUAAGAUCAACGUCAGCGAAAGCCUAAUUUCGUCGCGAAAAUCUAGCACCGAUGCUCGAUCGGAACACCUACUACGGCCCAACUCUCUGCCGCUCACGUCAACACCGACAAAAUUCCCACCACUCAUCGACGAUCGGUCGCUAGCUUCCGCAUCAGACAUCGAGCUAGAUUCACUGAAAAGCAUGGAUCUUGAUGCAGAAUGUCGCGCGGCCCCUGCUUUGCAAUUAGAUCAUUCCAAUAUUCAUGCCGAAGACGGCGUCUCUCCUGCAGCAGUCGCAGCGGAUUCGCUUUCCCUUAAAAGUCAAAAGUCAACCGAUUCUAUAGGAUCUUUCUUCAACACCCUUCUCACCAGUUCGAAUGCGGCCGAAUCUGUGACAAAGUUCUUUCGCAAAUCACUCGACAAACCACUAGCGGACGGGGAUGGGGAGGAAGAUCGGCUGUCGGUAGACUCUAUGGCCAGUAGCCAUAUGUCGUCAAACACAGAAACCAUACGCGCCGAGCUGGAUGUUACGCUGGAAAUCGAUCUCGACACCGAGCCGCCCACAGUGGCCACAGUAGUUCCAGAUCCAUCGCCGACACAUCUGCACGGAACGCUCGGUGCUUCUUUACAUGUCUCAGUCAUUGAAAAUGAAGAAAGCACAGAAGGCAGCAAGAAGGAACUGUUUAUCGGUGCAAUCUACGAUCAAAACCUGCUGGAGUUCACCGUGCGGUUAAUUUCAUCGCGGUUUCUCCUUAUCGGUACCAGCCAUCAACUGAUACCCGACUCAAUCGUACGCGUUUCGGUGAAGAGUCUUUCGCUGCAAGUUAUCGCCGCAUGCGUGCUCCUAAAGCCGGAGCUUCUGUGUGUUCCGCUCGAGAAAGAUGCAUUGCGAGAAGAGUUUUCCGUAGUGGAAAUACUGAAUCUGGAAGAUGCUAUGAACGAACUGUCUGAGGAGGCCACAGUAAGCGACGAAAAGCUCGAGAGUCAUCCUGCAACUGUCACACCGAACCCGGAGUCUGAAAUGUUGGAAAUGAAGGAAGAUCACUUUGGUGAAUGUACCAGUACGACGUAUUUCGAGUACUUCUCCCCAAUGUCGCUCAGCCUGGAUCAAGGUCUGAAGUCGAAGCUAAAGUCCAUCGAAGCCAACUUUGAAUCUGCUGGUAAAAUUGAGAAGUUGAGCCGCGAUCUUGAUGCCAUACUCUCCCAGUCGGAGCCCGGCCCAGGAGCGUGCCCGGCGCGCAGCCGAGAACUGUUGGUGGUACCGAAAAUAAUAACUACGAUCAAAUCCGAAGGCCGAUCCGUUCGGAGUGGUACCGUAGAAGCAGAUAAAGUACUGACCGCAGUCAGCGUAUCAGAUCGCAAAGAACUCGAAGAUGAGCAGCUACAAUUGCUGGCCGAUGUGCUACUGUUUUAUAACAGCCCGGAUCCAACUCUCCGCGCGAAUGUUCUUUCGAUUGUUGGUAAUUAUCUUCGCGCCGCAAUCGAUGGCUCUGGAAGUUAUGAAGAGUUUGUUCGCGCCUUCGUACCACUGACGUUACAAACGUUCCUGGCCAUUUCCAACCUACUGCAAGUAGUUCUGAUAGGUCUUUCGGAUGAAAUGCACACAGUUGUCAAUCAAGCGCUUGCUGCGGUGGAACUAUUUCUCAACGUUUACAUGCAAAGUCAACUGACUUGUGAUGGAGCAGGCGUCGCAAGUGACAAACCUGCAUCGACCACAGCAAGCAUACGGCGCUCGUCUCGCGAUGGAAACAUUUUCCUCGAUGAUACCCUAACGAUUCAUUCACCAAAGAUCAAUAACGUAGACACUAUCAUUAAUAGACUAAUGCUGUUGUCUAACAGCAAGUACUGGCUUGUGCAAUGCAAGUUAUACGACGUGACCGUUCAGUUAGAUUUCGAUUGCGCCCAAGGGCUCGGUCUGCCUGGCAUUCAUGCACGCGACCGAUUCCUCGUCCAAUUGCUCAUCGGCCUUGGGGAUGGUGAUCAUCGAGUGCGAAACCACGCUGCAGAACGGUUGCUCCAACUGUUGGAGUGUACCACAUGGAAAGAUGUUGAUCGAGGAACCUCAUCUUUGCCACAAACAUCGGUGGAAGAUUUUGUAAACGAGUACAUACUGAGCAGCUUCGCUGCACCGUUUGAUCGGCGACAGUACUCACGAUGGGGUGGUUCCGGGGGACAGCAUUCCUUCGUGAAUCGUGUUUUGUACAAACUGAGCAAUUUAUUACUGAAAAUCAGUGACAAAAAUUUGCAGUCUGGCAUCAUACACUUCUUGCUCCUGUUCACCUCGAAGCACGAUCCGUUCGAUUACGUAGAACAAUGGAAUGAGUACAAUUUGUUGAGUGUGCUGCUCAGUACGCUGCUGGAAAUGAUCGGAACCGCGUUCGAUAUGACGACCCACACCAAUCUGUUGCAAGUUUGCUCCCACAUAAUGCUUGUAACAUAUUCGUCGCGUGCGACUAUCACAGCUGCAGAUAGUGAUAUGAUUAAUAAGUUCAUCAUUCAUCUGCUGAAGCUGCUCAACAUAUACCAUCAUCUGUUUUUGAAUAUGGCUCCGAUCGUGAUCAACCGCGCACAGAAGAGCGAUCUUUUCAUGAACUCCAAAGAGCUCCAACAAAUCAACUGUUUCGGGUAUUUCGGAGGUGAUCACGCGUACAUGAAACUAUACCAACAAGUGCGCAGCUCGUUGGAAAGUUAUCGGAUAUCGAUUAAUAUUGAGGCGGGCCAGAAGUUAUUCAGCUGCCUGCAAGGUUCCAUACGCGCUUUGUGGACAUUGCUGGAGAUGAAAUCGCUAUCCACCAUGGCGAACGGUAUGAAGUUCGUGGAAGAGGCUUUACGAUACCUACAGUCAUUUCUGACCUACGAACCUGAAUAUUGUAUUGUCUGCACCCGGUUUCUGCUAAAAUUCAUCUUUCACACGAACCACGUAAACCGCACCGCGGACAUAUCGUUCUUCAAGGAGAUAUCAAUUUUGCAAGAACCAUCGGAGGCGGCUUCCCGGGAAUUCUACGCACGGUAUUACGAUUUUUGUAAAGCCAAGUCGAAAUCGGCCACCCCGGAAACCGGCGCUUACGUGAAGCUGUUCGAACCACUCGUCAUCGCGUGUCUAAAGAUGUUCACCAAGGUUCGGUCGCCAAUACAGGCGGACAUUCUGGAAAUGUUAUGCCAGUUGCUGGAUUUUAACAUCAUCUACCACCAGCUGGACACUAGCAACGUGUUCGUGGAAUCGAUACUGAAGCACAUAGAGCACAUCGAACGCGGCACCGUGGAUGAUGCGGAUCGCUUGAUGCCCCGGGUAGUGCGGUUCCUUUUUCAGCUGAGUGCCUUAUCGCACGAAAAACCGCUCGUCACCGUACCGAAGAUCAUCAAUAUUUGUGACAACCUUCUGGCAAACCAUCUGAUCCGCCGAACAGCAAUCGCCUCCGUACAGGCACUGGCUCUGGAGGUGUUUUUGCUGCGCUGUAAGUCAAAGGAAGCCAACGUUGCGAAAGAAUUCGAGCUCAACGAAUGCCGGACGCAGAAGGAGGUAGUACUGAACAUGCUCAUAAAGUUCCCGGAAGAGCUGGAUGUGUAUCGCAUUCUGCCGAUAAUGAUAUACAGCGAAAGAUUGCAAGGAAUCGAGGAUGGAGAAUCAGAUGAAAACUGUGAGCCCGAUAUCUUGGCCGCCCUGCUGCAGAUACUAAGCGAUCGGAAGCUUGUGGUGCACAAUGCUCGCACUUACGCCAACAUUAAGCUUCUUAUGGAAUGCUUUAGUAGGAGAUUACUUCUGAAAAGCACCACAAUGCUGCGGUUCUUGGAGAUACUUUACGCCGCGGUGUCCGAUGAUUCGUUGGCAGCGAUACAAAAACUAAUCUACGCAGAGCUAAUCGUACGCCAAGUAUUUCUUCGCACCGAGGAGUGUAACCUGCUCAACCACGUGGCGCUCCAUUUUCGCAAAGUCGCUGAUGGUAGCAGUAACGAGCAGUGCGAUGAGAAUGGUGAAAUGAUGGCGAAAAAUUUCACAGAUGUCCUUGUUCAAUACUUACGCGAAGGUUUCGUUGGCCUGCAAGACACACAGCUAGCAAAACAUUCAACCGUGGAGCAAGUCCAGCACGUAAAUGAGGCGCUCCAGCGUUACGUCGAGGCGUUGAGCGAUAUGCAAAGAUUUGAAACUAUCAGGCGCCUUCUCGUGGAACAGAUACCUCUGGAGCUGAUCUGUUGGCGUAAACUUCCCUUGCCGAUCGCUAAAUCAUUGGUAGCGAUGCUGAUAAACUAUGGGUACGACACAGAAGUGUUGCUCUCGCUGCUUCGAAGUGCCACAUACAGCGCUCGUAAUGAUAGAUUGGUGGCAGUGUUGGUCGAGGUAUUGCUAGAAAGAAAGCCCAAUGAGUCGAAAUGGAGUCGAAAUGAGGUUCUAUCGCUUAUCACAAGCGAAUCGCGCCUGCUUCUGCACCAAUUCCAUCCGUUUCUGCUGUGCCACGUUGCGGAUGGCGAAUUUUCCACGGAAAUUGUGAAGGCUGUGUUGGCGAGCACCGACAGAAAGAUCGGCGGUGGACACUUUGCACUGCUAGAAAAGUCACAUCUGAACACAUUUCCGCUUAUGUGCAAUUGGUUGGCGGACCUUCUUGGCGCUGUGAACAUUGUGACAUCGCGUAAGGCGGCCCUUAUUCUCGACUGCAAACUAGAUGCAUUGCUGCAGCUCGAUGGUGCAACUAGCGACAAGGUGCAUAAUAUUCUUCCCGAGACCAACUACUGCUAUCUGUUGUCUCGCUUUUCGCACGAUAGACGCCGCAAGUUUCCGAAGUUGUUCAAAUAUCUGCUGGAACUCAGACGUUAUUUCCCCAGUGUCGAGAUGGAUGGUUUAUCCGUGAAUCCUGCUGUGCCCGAAAUCGACAUCAAGGCACUAAGCAACGAAACGAUCGACGAGGCGUGGUAUCUGCGACAGCUGGCUUAUCACUGUACGGAACAGUCGUACACGAAACCGCGCCAUAUUGCCAAACUUAUACAAGAAAUCAAAUCGGAAAGUAAACUCAUCAAUUUGCUCUCCAGCGGGAUGCUAAAUGAUCGGCUGUUGCGUGACGUAGUUUCGAUCGCGUUUGAGAGCAUGUUUCACACAUUUUGCAUCGACUGCGUGCAGCACAAUCCGCAUUUAAACUACCUGAAAAUGCAUCCAAUGCUCAAAGUGACGCUGAUCGUGUUGAUGCGUAAAAUGCACGAAGUUGGCAGCCCGAACGACAAGGACACUACCGUUCAGCGGGAACACUGUGCGGAGACGGUCAUCUGUUUUCUGGAGUACCUCAAGCGGCUCGAGCAUCUCUGUCUGUUCUAUAUCGAUGGCAAAUUCAUCGAUCGUUUCAUCAAAGAGCAUCUGCUGAAGUCAAACUUUUUCGAAACUCUUCUCACUUUCGCAAGCGUAUGUGCCCGUUCGCUACUGCAGGAGCCCAGAACGAACGUAACUCGCAUCGAGCUGCACCUGCACUGUGUAAGCGCAAUUCUACAGCAGCGUUAUCUGUGGAACGAGCUCAAUCAAAACGAUCGCUAUCAGGACGAUGUGGUACUGUACAUGGACAUGAUCUACACACUGAUCGAUCAGUCAAUCCAGGACGGUCAGUUUGAGCAGCGAAACCAACGACCAGAAGUCUUCAGACCUUUCGUGGAACGAUCGGAACACACAGUUGGUGUCUAUUUUAAGGCCAUUUUUGUAGCAGAACUGAUCACCGAACGCAGCACAAUGGCAAACCAGCUUUCUAUUGGUAGAGAAAUGUUUGAUCUGAUUGAGUCGAUUGGCAUUGCCCUGCUUAAAUUGGAUCGGUUCUAUCCCUAUGCCCUGACCCCUCCGGAGCUCUAUUCUUACUAUGAAUCGCUAGAGGCGCUGGAAAACGGAGACCCAAAACUGCCAACGGUUCCGGUGGAACAGCUGUACGAUGUCGAGCUGUUGGAAAUGUUUUUAAAAAGGGUGAAUGUGUUUGGCUACUCGUCACGGCAACAAUUUGAGGAACUCCUCAUGUGCUUGAUGGUGCUUAUGAACCGUACCGAGGAUGCAUUACUGGUUAGCUUGCAGGAGCAGCGUGAGAUCAAGAAUAUGUGCCUACACGCGGUGGUGACACUGUUGAUAUCCUGCUACCGGUAUCCAUGCAUUGGGUUCAGUGAUGGCAAGUUUCACCAUUCCACGCGAAAUCCGCCAAUUAAUUGUGAUAAAAUAGGGUUAAAAAAACUGCACCACAUACAGCUUCUGAUUCCGCUGAGUAAUGUUUUCUACCAGUCUAAUAUGGAGCGUCGUUUGAUGACUACAAUUACUGACGAUAUUCACGCAACCGGUGACAGUAGUGUCGGUACGGUGCGCUUCGAUCGCAAUCAGCUGGCACUGACGUAUUUCUGGGAGAUCAUGGAACGGACGAUCGACAAUGGCAGUGGUAGUGCGCUGGCCGAAUCUCGUACGGUUCGCAACAGGAAGUAUUUUGUCGAGAAGAUAAACAUCGACGUUACCAGCUCCAUGCAGCUGAUCUAUGGGGUGCUGGAGCAGAUGAUUGAAGACGAGCCAUCGCUGGUAUUACCGCACCUGGUGUCCUUUUGUGAGAUUGUCGACAACCGGGAGCAAAUUCGAUGGUUAAACACAUUCCUGCUGAAGCUACAAGAGCGCAUUCCGAUGGAAGAUUCCAUCUCGCACCAGCACAUCAUCUACUUGCUAUGUCGCUUAACUUCGUUGCUAGUGCCUUCCAUGGCCGAGCUAACGCACCUGUGCACGAUCAUUCCCACGUACCUGAAGAGCACGCAGCUCUCUGUUCGCAAUGCUACACUGCAAGGAUUGUUCUGCCUGUUGGAGUGCCUGGUGCAAACGAACUGCUCAAUCGGUUCCCUCAACGACGAAUUGCAACUGGUGCGGGGCAUCACCGUCAACUACAUCGUUAAGCAUGGCAUUAUCGAGGAAAGCACGGGGGCUUUAAGUGAUCUGCACACCAAGCUGGUGUGGACACUAAACUUCUACCUUAUUGAACACACGUCCCGCUUUGUUGCGGACUGCAGUUUGCUAUCGAACAGCAUUAUUUCGGCCAACAACAUUCUGAAGCGAACCGCCAACUUGGAGAUCUAUCUGUGCAUUUUAAACGGCUUAGAACGAUUGGUAAUCAAAGGUCAAGUAGUGCGCACGCUGCAUGAAAAAAUCGAAAAACUGGCCAUCGAGCUGGUUAAGAUAGAUAACGAAAUGUUUUCGCUCUCGGCUUUGAAACUGCUCGUUACCUGCAUCUACAGCAGCUGCAACGAGCAGCUCGAAAGCACGGAACGCUGCAACGGCAUCGUGCAGGACGAGCCGGAUAUUAUUGUGCAGCAGAUCGAGAAGAUUGAAAUUUUGUUCGCAAAGAUUCGUACCACCACCCCUCAGGGUGCUAAGGUGUUUGGCAACGUGCUGUGCCAGCUGAUACGUGACCUGCUGCCGCCGAACGAGAUCCUUACGAAGGUGUUUAAAGAACUGAUGCUGAAUCAGCCCAACCCGGAUAUUAUUGCUAACGUAACGCACCAGCUGUUCCGCUCGUCGAUCGAUGCGUCGUAUCUGCCGCUUCUGCAGGAAUGGUUGCUAUGCUCGCUGCCGAACUUUUUGGCCUUCCCGCAGGUCAACAAAUCCGUGUGGUGUUUGACUGUUAUAUUUCUUUCUGCCUCGCUGAAUAAGUAUCUCAUCAAACUGCUGCCGGAAGUGCUCUCGUUGCCAUCGUACCAGCAACUGCACGAGAGAGAAAUAAACAAUUUUAUUCUUUCGGCGAAGGACUUCUACUGUCGCCUGGAUCCGGGAAGCAGUCAGAGAAAAAAGUUCAAAGAAAUAUUCCAAAAGCACGAGUCCUUCAUUUUCCAAUGUCUCGUACAGUGUUUGUAACCAGCUGCCCAUACUACGCUGUAGGCCGAAUCACUGCAAAUCAUGACGAGCUCUGUGCUGCGUAACGUUCGUAUUACUGUUGUUCGUUAUUUUUGUUGUUUUGCUUGUAAUCCAAACAAUAUACCACUUAAGAAAUAAAAUUAUGUUCCACAUC